AUGUCUAACAGUGAACAAAUCGAACUUAGCGUUGCCGGCCCAUCCAAAGAUAAGAGUAAAAUUCCGAGUGAAACUCAGAGUGAAAGUGGCGAUUUCGACACACCCGCUAUUCUGAAUAGGGUACAGCAGAUGACACUUGCUAGUCUGACUCUAUCACAGCGGACCCUAUAUGAAGCCCUCCCAGUCCACUUGAAAGUUAAUUAUUUGAACACGGUCGCGGAAGUGAGAGAGGAAACGAUAGUGGAAGAGCGCAAAAAAUCG